CAAAUAUGAAAUGACUUUAUCAUACUGACAGCGGAAAGAGUCAAAUCUCCAUUGAUCGUGUUUUCCCUCCCCACGUGAAGAUUAAAAUAACUUGUGAAAUAGUUUCAAAGAAAAAGGUAUUGUUAUACGAAAAAUAAAAUAAUGGCGUUACGUGUCCAAUUCGAAAACAAUAACGAGGUGGGAGUUUUCAGUAAACUUACAAAUUCAUAUUGCCUUGUCGCAAUCGGCGGGUCUGAGAAUUUUUACAGCGUGUUUGAAGCUGAAUUGGCAGACACAAUUCCAGUAGUACACAUUAGUAUUGCCGGUUGCAGAAUUAUCGGUCGUAUGACAGUAGCGAACAAGAACGGAUUGCUGGUUCCAGCAUCAACUACAGACACAGAAUUACAACAUAUACGCAACAGCUUGCCGGACAACGUUAAAGUACAAAGAGUCGAGGAACGUCUGAGUGCUCUCGGUAAUGUUAUUGCUUGCAAUGAUUAUGUCGCACUAGUUCACCCAGACCUCGACAAAGACACGGAGGAAAUUCUCGCUGACACACUGGAUGUGGAAGUUUUUAGGCAAACAGUAGCUGGCAAUGUUUUGGUAGGAUCAUAUACCGCUCUCAGCAACAGGGGUGGGUUGGUGCACCCCAAGACAACUAUACAGGAUCAAGAUGAGUUAUCUUCCUUAUUACAAGUACCUCUGGUUGCCGGAACAGUGAAUCGUGGCAGUGACGUAGUCGCAGCCGGCCUAGUGGUCAACGACUGGUGUGCCUUCUGUGGCAUGGACACCACUUCAACUGAGAUAUCAGUGAUUGAAAGUGUGUUCAAACUGAACGAUGCUAAACCAACAGCCAUCACUUCUACCAUGCGAGCCUCUCUCAUUGACAGUAUGUCAUAACACCGAGUAACAAGGAUUUUAUAAAAAGAUGUUAAGAACCAAAUGAUGCUAUGUGAUAUUAAAUUCAGUUUACUCAUGGGUAUUCGGAAAAAUUGUUCAUCGACCACAAUUAUUUGACCUGUUUACCAACAUUAUUAUAAGUAAAUAAUCUUAAUACAUGUUGUAUCAUCAUUCAACUGUUUCAACUGUUUGGCCGCCUCAUACCAUUAUAUAUUUUUUAACAUUGUGUAAUAGAAAUCACACCAUGUAAUAUGAAUGAUGUUCUUUUGAAAUAAAACGAUAUAUUCUUAAA